AUGAGACUUGCCAUCCCCGCAUCCUUCUUUUCCUCGCCGCUUCUGCCCAUGCUCAACGCGGACAGGGUGAAAUUUGCGGCUGCUAUAACCUCGAGAAUAAGUCGAGAAAAGAUAUUUUCGAAGCCACCAAAAGUUGCUGCCAAAAUUUGA